CAGUGCAUUGAAAAUGAACAUCAUGUUUCGAAUAUUUGCAGUCUAUAUAGUGACAUGAGGUUAUGUAGUAUUCUAUGUUAUCACGUGAUGAAACUUUCAGGAAGAGAAAAAGCAAUCAACUACACACAUGAAGGAUAUCAAUGUAAUGUAUUUCCUUGUUUUGCAUUUGCGUCCUCAUUGAUAUACGAGAUAAUAACACAUAAUUUGUAGACUGGUGCCCAACCUUCUGACUUAUAAUGUGGAAAUCUAGUUACAUGUAUUUCUUAUAUUUUGUGAUUUGUGUGUUGCUCCUGUGUACAGAAAGUCUGAAUAAGACAAAUGGAGAAAACUGCGGAACAGACGGAGAAUUCAAAUGUUGCAAUAAUUACUACCAAGCGAAAAACACCUGUGUUGAGUGCCCAAAUGGAACACAUGGUUUGAACUGUUCACUGAAUUGUCCGGAAAAUUCAUAUGGAAAGAAUUGUUUGAAAGCAUGUAAUUGCAAACCACAUGAAACAUGCGAUUCAAAAAGUGGAAAAUGUUCAGUUAAACCCGGAUAUUGCAGAAACGGGACUGGAAAUAUUGAAUAUACCUGUUGCAUUAAUUACUUCUACGUGAAUACCACCUGUACAGAAUGUCCCAUUGGAACGUAUGAUAGUAAUUGUUCUCAGAUUUGUUCGCGUGGAUAUUAUGGGAAGCUAUGCGUAAAAAAAUGUGAAUGUCAACCAAAUGAAACAUGUGAUCCAAAACACGGAUGUAAAGAAUGUCCCAUCGGAACGUAUGAUAGCAAUUGUUCACAGAUUUGUUCGAGUGGAUAUUAUGGGAAGCUAUGCGUAAAAAAAUGUGAAUGUCAACCAAAUGAAACAUGUGACCCAAAACACGGAUGUAAAGCAGACCCACGUCCACAUCACCCGCAGAAUGGGGAUCAUACUGUGGUUGCCACGCUUGCUCCAGUUAUUACGGCGUUUGUCCUCUUCUUCUGUAUCUACUGGGUUGGUCAAUACAUUAGACGAAAUUAUAGAAGGAUGAAGCCCGUGGCACAGAAUGUCGCUGGUGGAGCACGUGGUACAUGCGAUAAGCAGACGACAUCUUCUGUUAGCAACCAUCCAUUUGACAAAACUGGUGACUCUUUAUCGGAACAUGGCGAUGACGAAACCGAUGAGGGGGUGUAUAAUACGCUUACCCUCCGUGUAACUGGGUAUGAAGAACCCGUCAAACGAAACCAGCUGAUCCGGUGUUACUCCGACGCCUCCUCCACAUAUACUAAAGGUUUUGCAUGCAAAUAUAUCCUCAACAACUGAUGCGCUUCAAUCUUUUCCAAACCGCAAAAGGUUUUCAUCUCUACGUAGUAGAGAUACAGAUCGUAAUGGCAAAUACUCUUAUUUUAAACCAUCUGAAGCGAUAAGACAAUGGAGUGAAGAACCAGGAUCUUCUAAACCUGAUGACGAAACCGAUGUCCAUUUACAAUCUGCUGAUACUGAUGAUGUGAUAGUUCUUGAAGACGAUGGAAAAGUGGAAAAUGUCAAUUCUAGGCAUUUAUUCCUCAAAGAGUUAUCUUCUCGGCUACUCAGUGAUAGAAAUACUGACUGACAUUAGAAUGCGGUCAUGUACAACUUGCAUGCAUUUGAUGAUAAUGUAUGCAUAAUUUUAUCAGGACCGCAAAGUAAAGCAAGAUUACCACAUGGUCUAAUGAUUAUACUAUAAAAUUGAUGGUCUUCAACUAGACAUUUUGAUAUAUCGAUUGAGUUUUUCUAUCAACAAUACUCAUUUUCACUCAGAUGUCGAUUCGAUAUAUCCCAGUGAACUCGAAAUAAAAGACACUUCCACAUCUGCUACAUUUGUAGCAUUACAUACCUGAACAUUUCAUUUAACAUACAUGUUGAGGGGCAUGUACACGAGUUUGGUAGACAAAUUAUGCAGUUAUUUGAUUAAUAUGAUAGUUUGAUUCGUAUAAAACAUAGCAACAAUUUCUAGAUUUCAAAACAUGACGCAAAAAUAUAUUUGAGACAUCUAAACUUUUCAUUUUCAAAACUAGGCAUAAUCUUUGUUUAUGUCUACUUGCCACAUGACUCAACUAUCAGCACGGUUCAAAGGGAGAGCUUCGGUGGAGGAAAAAAUUAACAAAAUUUUCUACUCGUGUCCAUACCCCUUGAACGGCAAACUAACUAUUUAACUUUAUGACAAACGGGAUGACUUCAGCUUCUCCAUCGUCAACUUAUAUUUAUGUAGCAAUAUACCAUUGUCAUUUGCAUAUGAUGUUUAUCUCGCAACUGAUUCGAUAUGCACGAGCAUGUUCUGCGUAUAGUCAGUUUUUAUAUCUAGACAUGGUACUAAAAAUAAGUUGAUGUUACUGGUGUUUUAACAGUCUCGUUUAAAGACAGCAUUUCGCAAAUUCUAUGGUCGUUAUAUCGAUCUAACUUACGAAUACAGUAUGCCAUUAGGUGGAAUGCUAUCUGACAUAUUAGGCGGUUCUUUACAUACUGAUUUUUGCAGCAGAUUACUCCAUUUACCUGAUCAAUAAUAUUAUGAACAACCACACGAACAAUAUCAAAAUGUCAAACUUUCGGGACAACCUAUCUCUUCUUCAAUACGAUAGAAUAUUUACAUAGAAAUGAAAACCUAUUGAAAAUGCAAAGUAACACUAAAACUAAACCACGUUUAUAUUAUUAGUGCUUUAUAUAUCUUUAUUCAUUUGACUUCUUAUCUGGAUGUUGAGUGUUGUUGGUUUUUAGUGAUAUAUAUAUAUAUAUAUAUAGAGAGAGAGAGAGAGAGAGAGAGAGAGAGAGAGAGAGAGAGAGAGAGAGAGAGAGAGAGAUUCCAUACAUAUGCAGAUGCUACAUGAUAUAUCAUAUCUAUAGUGCAAAAAGGUCAUUAUAUUCAAUAUACUACUAACUGGUAUUAACUUGUUUUUAAUAUUUGUAUUAUGCCCGUGGGGAUCCGGGUUAGAAUAGGUCCUCAUUACCCCUUGCUUGUCGUAAAAGGCGACUAAAUGGGGCAGUCGGAUAAGACCGCAAAUACCGAUGUCCCGUGUCACAGCAGGUGUAGCACGAUAAAGAUCCCUCCCUGCUCAAAGGCCGUAAGCGCCGAGCAUAGGCCGAAAUUUUCCAGCCCUUCAACGCCAACGUCUACAUAGGAGUAAUUAUUUUUUAAGAUUGUCGAGAGGGACAUCAAACAAUAUACAACCAAUCAAUAGCUGUGUUGUUUAUUCUUUCAUAGGCACCCUUCCUUGUAGAAAUUAAAAAUGUAUUUUUAAAGAAAUAAUUGACUGUACAAAAAAACUCGGAUGCGAAUCUUUAAAGGAAACAUUUGAAUCAUUGCGUGUCCUUUCCAGCAAAUAGAAAAUUAUUCUCCACAUUCUGGAAUCUUUUUUAGCAAUGUUGUGAUCUAAUUCUUUUGAAUUAGAAGGUAUGGCAUCGCAGUCCAGGAAAUUAAACAGAUGUUCAUGAUUGAUUGUCUAUUGUUUAACGUCCAUCUUGACAAUAAGAUGUUCAUGAAUUCCAUGUAUAGCAUUACAUGUAGCAUAUGAUACUGACAAGUCACGGAGGCUUGAAACUAAGCUAGGAAAAGCAGUUUCGACUUAUACGGAACCUUGAAAUAGAAACUAAAUGAUGUGAAAUGGCACAUUUCAGUUAAUUAUCUAUUUAUUUCAUAAUACGUGUAUGUGCCAGCCGGUGUCGAAAAUUUGUUUGCUAAACAAAAUUGAUGUGAAAAACGCAUGUAUGAUGGUGUGUCUAUAUUUAGCUCCACUUUGUCAUCACAUUUCCUCAGAAUAUACAAGUACAUAGUAGAUAUCAUUUGAAACCAGGAAGCGAUGUGUUCGAAUUUGGGAAAUUUAUCAUAACAAAUUUUUAUGAUUGUUUAUCAUUUCUUUAAAUAAAAGUCAUGUAUCUUAAUUAAGGUAUAUUAAUUUUCAUCGA